AUGAAGCUCCCCUCCGUUUUUCUGAUCGUCACUCUCGCCCUCACAUCUGUGGAAGCAUGUGCGAGCUACAAGCACUGCUGGUGUCUUCGAAAUGACAUUGAGUACCAGGGCAAGAUCCAGAGCAACAUUGCUUGGGACGACGACACCACGAAGGCGUGUCAGGCAAAUGGCGGCGGGGGCGUGACUGGGUAUUACGGGCAGAACUUCAAGGAGUGCUACCGAUACGUGAAGCGCACAUGGCGUCUCGACGGCGCUAUCGACAACUGCGACUGGAACAAGGUGAGUGAGGCUCAGAAGGCUGGUGAGCGAGAUGAUGCUAACCGUCUCGUGAAGCACUGCAUUGCCGCCGGCAAGGCUGCUGGCGUGAAUGCGUAUGGCGUGUGUCGUGACAAGAUCUCCGGUUUCCAUUGA